UUUUCUUGGGUGACGAAGUGUAGCAAGAUCUUUUAAUGUAUCGCGGAGACAUGUCGAGUGUGGCGCAGGGUAGGCUCUGUGCUUUUGUCAAUCUAUGAUCUAUGCUACAUGCUGGUCAAUCUGUGAUACUCCAGAGUCCAGAGGUCAUUGUAAUUCACCGCAACAGUGGAAUCGAAGACGCAACCUUUUCCAUCAUGGAGCCUGUAUGGAGGAUUCGCACCUGCCCCAGCCAGCCACACCUGCAAGCAACUGCUGAGCUGAGACCAAGCCUGGGCAUAUCCAGAGGGCAACAACUGCAGAAUGCAACGACAUCCCUGCUGCGGCCACUGGCAGUUGCAGCUGCUGCCGGUGCGACAGCCGGAAUAGGGCGCGGACGAGGUCGCAGCAGGGUCUUCCAAAGCGCUGAGAGGUCGAGCGCCACGGACUCUGACGAAGACUUCGACUAUGGGGCUGGCAAGGCCUACUGGGACAAGCGCUACCAGUCCCCCGCGCCCCAGAAUGAAGUGGGAAACACCUACGACUGGUUGGGAGGCUAUGAGAAGUUCAGUGAGUUCAUUGAGUCUGCAACCAAAGACUUGUCUGAGCCAACCUCUGCACGAAUCUUGGAUUUGGGCUGUGGCAAUGCUCGGCUGGCAGAGGACAUGUACGACAGGGGGUUCUACAACAUCACAGGGCUGGACAUCUCUGAUGUUGCUAUUGAGUCGAUGCGUCAGCGCAACGCAGAGGAGAGGCCGAAGAUCCACUGGGUGGUGGGAGACGCCUUUGAACUUCCCUUUGAGGAUGAAGCAUUUGAUCUCGUCAUUGACAAGAGCACGACAGAUGCCGUUUCCUGUGACCAGGACCACCUCAACGAAAACUUGACCAAGAUGUAUAGUGAAGCACAGCGAGUGCUCAAAAAGGGUGGCACCUUGCUGGUAUUCAGUGCAGCGAAACAAGUUCCCCGCACGGGGCUGCGACUGCCGCACUUAUCCUUUGAAUUGGAAGAGAAGGAGCUUUACCUGCCCUUCGCCAGUCUUUGGGCCUUUGUGGCCAUCAAGACCGACAGACCUGCCAUGCCUUUGUCACAGGCUCUUCAGAUGGCUCAGGGGGCAGAUCUGCAGAUGCUCCAGGCGCGAAAACGCGAGGAAGAAGCGGAAGAGCGUCUCAAAUCCACCUCCAGCUUUGGCGUGCUGGACUGAAACGAGCUUUCGAUCAGACUAGGUCAUCCCCAGCCUUUCCUUUUGUGGUGUUUCUUGUCCUUCAAAAUGACCUGGCUGAAGCAAGUAAGAAACGCAAACAAACAUAGAAGCCUAAGUGCAUUCUUUCAUGUUGAAUCGGAC